AGUAACCUAACCAAGAUGCCUACCGAUAACGAGGGAGAGACCCAAGGCAAUGCUGGAGGAAAUAGCGCGCACAUUUUCUCCGGGCGCAUCGCAAAAUUGCCCCCGUUUUGGAAGGAGGAACCCGACCUUUGGUUCCUGCAGGUCGAGGCGGCGUUCGGAAUUGCCGGAAUAGUACGGGAUGAAACCAAAUAUCAAUACAUCAUCGCCCACGCCGACCCAUUGUUCCUACCGCAUAUAACGAGCCUUCUUCGUCAACCUCCUGCAGAAAAUAAAUAUGAGACUCUCAAACAGCGUGUCCUCGGAGCUUUUACUGAGUCAGAGGAAGUUAAGCUUCGCAAGGUAUUACAGGGUCAACAACUCGGUGAGUCAAAGCCAACGCAUUUUCUACAAAAAAUCAGAAACUUGGCGCCUGUACACGUUAGUGACUCAAUCAUUAAAUCUAUGUUCCUCGAGCAAAUGCCGCAUCAGCUACGACAAAUCCUAGUAGCAAAUACAGAUCAGGACCUGGACGCCUUAACCGCUCUAGCUGAUAAGCUCAUGGAAUUCUCAAAUCCGGCACGCCUCGUCGUGCAGCAAGUUAAUCAGGCAGACUCUGACUCGUCCACGGAUAGCAGCCUUGCUGCAAUCAUAAGGCGCCUAGACAAAAUCGAAGCCCGCUUCACCAAAGCCAAGCGAAACAAUAGAAGCCGCAGUGCAUCACGUCCACGAACAAGCUCUGAAAGUAAGCAAAAGUCUGACAAAUACUGUUUUUAUCAUCACAGAUUCGGCGAAAACGCGCAGAAGUGUUCUCCGCCAUGCUCUUGGAAACAACCAACGCCCAAAGCAUUGGAAAACUAGUAUCCUCGCCCCGAAUCGAGACGGCCGAAGGCGAGAACUCACAAAAACGUCUCGUCAUCACUGACAGAAGCAGCGGACUACGCCUUCUCAUUGACUCUGGCGCCGACAUAUCUGUUCUGCCAAAAUCCUUCGCCGGAAAAACAAUUUCGCCAGC